CGCGCACACAACCACACACACACACACACACACGCACACACACUCCGAGCUACACGACUCGAACACCCCGUCCCACCCCGUGCGUUUCUCGCGGGAACCUUCCCGAGACUGUCAGGCGAGGACGCGCUGACGGGUGCGGGUCCGGGGGACUGGGACAGGGACAGGGAGCGGACCGGAGGAAGACUGGAGAAGGGUUAGCGAGGCACCGGGCAGAGACGCUCCGACUCACAAUACCCUCCGGUCGUCUACCGGAGUUUUCCCCGGUCGUCUAACGGAGUGUCUCUCCGGUCGUCCUGGCGGCGGGCGGCGGCAGCCCCCCCGUGGCGCGACGAGGAGCCGUCUCAUGUCUCGCUCUCCGGGGGGUCUCCUCCACAUGGACUCGCCUACUAAGGAGAUCGAGGAUUUUGAGAGCAACUCGCUGAAGUACCUGCAGCCGGAGCAGAUCGAGAAGAUCUGGCUGAGACUGCGGGGACUGAGGAAGUACAAGAAGACAUCCCAAAGGUUGAGAUGUCUGGUGAAGCAGCUGGAGAGAGGCGAGGCCUCGGUGGUGGACCUGAAGAAGAACCUGGAGUACGCCGCCUCUGUGCUGGAGUCGGUCUACAUCGAGGAGACCAGGCGCCUGGUGGACACCGAGGAUGAGCUGAGUGACAUCCAGACGGACUCGGUGCCGUCGGAGGUGCGUGAUUGGCUGGCCUCCACCUUCACUCGCCAGAUGGGGCUGAUGCUGCGGCGCACCGAGGAGAAGCCGCGCUUCCGCAGCAUCGUGCACGCCGUGCAGGCCGGCAUCUUCGUGGAGAGGAUGUACCGACGGACCUCCAACAUGGUCGGGCUGAGCUACCCCCCCAACGUCAUCGCCGUGCUCAAGCACGUGGACACGUGGUCCUUCGACGUGUUCGCCCUGAACGACGCGAGCGGUGAGCACGCACUGAAGUUCAUCUUCUACGAGCUGCUCACCAGAUACGACCUCAUCAACCGCUUCAAGAUCCCCAUCUCGGCCCUGGUGUCCUUUGUGGAGGCCCUGGAGGUGGGCUACAGCAAACACAAGAACCCCUACCACAACCUGAUGCACGCCGCUGACGUCACCCAGACCGUCCACUUCCUGCUGCUCAAGACCGGCAUGAUGCACUGGCUCACAGAGUUGGAGAUCCUAGCCAUGAUCUUUGCGGCGGCGGUACAUGACUUUGAGCACACGGGCACCACCAAUAACUUCCACAUUCAGACCAGGUCGGACACGGCCAUCCUUUACAACGACCGGGCGGUGCUGGAGAACCACCACGUGAGCGCGGCAUACCGCCUGCUGCAGGAGGACGAGGAGAUGAACAUCCUGUCCAACCUGUCCAAGGACGACUGGAGAGAGCUGCGAGCCCUGGUAGUAGAGAUGGUUUUGGCCACAGACAUGUCCUGUCACUUCCAGCAGAUCAAAGCCAUGAAGAACUUCCUGCAACAGCCUGAGGCGAUUGACAAGCCCAAGGCCCUAUCCCUGCUCCUCCACACUGCAGACAUCAGCCACCCGGCCAAGCAGUGGGACCUCCACCACCGCUGGACCACCUCGCUGCUGGAAGAGUUCUUCAGACAGGGCGACAAAGAAGCACAUCUGGGCCUGCCCUUCUCUCCCCUCUGUGAUCGCAACUCCACCAUGGUGGCCCAGUCCCAGAUAGGGUUCAUCGACUUCAUCGUGGAGCCCACCUUCACUGUGCUCACCGACAUGACGGAGAAGAUCGUGAAGCCGCUGAUCGAGGAGGCGGCCAUCUCCGGCCCGGAGGACUUACGACGGCCCAGCCUGACCAUCCUGGGGGCCGUGGUCGGGGCCGCGGCGGGGGACGUGGCCGGGGCCGUGACCGGCGGAGAGAGCAAGCGCUCCAGCGUGAAGAGCACGGCGUCGGAGGGCAGCGGCGCCAUCAACUGCUCCCUGCGCACGGUGGACUUCAAGAGCUUCAAGGGCACCUGGAGCGAGGACGUGAACCGGAACCGCGAGCGCUGGAAGGCCAAGGCCACCCAGGAUCUGGCAGAGAAAAGCAAGAAGGAGGGCGAGGAGAAGGCCAGCGAGGGAGCGAAGAAGGAGGGGGAGGAAGCUGAGCCUGGCGACAAAGCCAAGGAGCUGGGGAAGGAGGUGGAGGCGGGG